AUGAAGUUGAAAGGCGCCUGGCUACUGCUGCUUCUUGCAGUCUCUGUGCUGUCGGUGCCCAUCGACCGCAACGACGUCCAACAGGAAGUCAAAGACGGAGCUCAAGAGGAGAACAUGGACACUGGUCUGUACUACGACCGAUAUCUCCGAGAGGUGAUCGAGGUGCUGGAGACGGACCCACAUUUCCGGGAGAAGCUCCAGACUGCCAACACGGAGGACAUCAAGAAUGGACGCUUGAGCAAAGAGCUGGACCUUGUCAGUCACAACGUUCGAACGCGUCUGGACGAGUUGAAGCGGCAGGAAGUUUCCCGCCUAAGGAUGCUGCUCAAGGCCAAGUUGGACAGCACCAACACGCAGAGUUUGCAGAUGGACCAUGCUACCCUGCUCAAGCAAUUUGAACAUCUGGACCCGCACAACCAGAAUGCCUUUGAAGCCAAAGAUCUGGAGCUGCUCAUUUCCACAGCAACUAAGGACUUGGAGAAUUACGAUGCGGAGCGCCACGAGGAGUUCAAGCGCUACGAGAUGCUGAAGGAGCACGAGAGGCGUGAGUACCUGAAGGGUUUGGACCAAGAAAAGCGUGAGAAGGAGGAGCAGCAUAUGCAGGAACUCAAGGACAAACAUCGACAGCACCCCAAGGUCAAUGCGCCAGGUAGUGUGGCUCAGCUGCGAGAAGUCUGGGAGGAGACUGAUCGAUUGGAUCCCAAAGAGUUCAACCCAAAGACUUUCUUCAAACUGCACGACACCAACGAGGAUGGCGUCCUGGACGAGCAAGAGCUAGAGGCGCUUUUCACCAAAGAGCUAGAGAAAGUCUACGACCCAAAAAAUGAGGAGGACGACAUGAUGGAGAUGGAGGAGGAGAGACUGAGGAUGAGGGAACACGUCAUGAAAAACGUGGACACCAACAAAGAUCGACUGGUCAGCCUGGAUGAGUUUCUCAAGUCCACAGAGAAGAAGGAGUUCAACACCGCAAAGGAAUGGGAGACUUUGGACGCAAAGCCGGCGUACACAGAGGAGGAGCUUCAGCGCUUUGAAGCGGAGCUACGUGACAAAGAGGAGGAGCUGAAGAAGAGGGCAGACACGCUUCGUCAGGAGCAGGAGUUGCUGAAGGAGCGUGGAAAAGCCCUUGAGGCCCAGAGGAGGGAAUACCAGCAGGCUGUGCUGGAGAUGGCUCAGAGGCGGAGGGAGCAGCCUGCUGCCCAUGACGGAGAACUUCACCACCAGCAGCCCAAACAGGAAGAUCAAGCAGGAAAAGUUGCUGUGGAGGAAAAUGCCCCAGCGCCAAAUCAUCUGCCCGCCGAACCACCGCAGAAUCUUCCGGCGCACACUUGA